AUGGCUCGAAACUCAGCGAGCAGGACCUUCGUCGAGCUCAUCUUCGCCAGGGCCGAGACGACGCUUGGUCGAUUAGUUGCGCUGAUGGCCACGCACUCGAUCCACCACGUGUACGUCAUCGAUGAGGACGACGCCCCGAUCGCGGUGAUCACAUCGACGGACGUGCUUAGACUGUUCGUCGUGGAUGAUGAGGACUGCAUGUGGAACGUGGUAUGGGCCCCGGGGCGGGGAGUGGAGGAAGCCAUGGAAGCUCGCGAGUAG